UAUGGCAGUAUGGAUCGAUGGAAGUUCAGUGAUCUGUUAGUGACUAAAUAUGAAUAAACAUGUAACAAGUGUCGUUAGUGAUAAGUUCUCAGUGUUUUAGUGGUUAUGGGAAAAGACCAGGAGCUUUUGGAAGCAUCGAGGAAUGGAAAUUUCCCGGUUGUGGAAAAGAUUCUCGCGUCGAAAGCAAAAAGGAGUGGCCCCCUGGCCAGUUUGCGUCGAGGCCCUGGUGCUAAUGUCCAAGAUGCAAGUGGUUACUCGUGCCUCCAUCAUGCCGCGCUCAAUGGCCAUGCGGAUAUCGUGGAGCUUCUCCUCACACACGAGGCCUCACCGAACAUCGUGGAUAACAAGGGUUCCUCCCCGAUCCAUCUGGCUGCCUGGUCUGGGAACCUAGAAAUAGUCAGACUCCUCCUGUGCCACGGUCCGUCUGUUCCGAAUGUUAACCUCACGACUCAGGACAAUGAGACGGCACUGCACUGCGCUGCGCAGUACGGGCACACGAGUGUGGUCAACAUCCUCCUCGAGCACAACUGUGAUCCCACAAUCAGAAAUACACGCCAAGAAACGGCACUCGACCUUGCUGCACAAUACGGAAGGUUGGAGGCCGUGGAACUUCUAGUCCGAACGCACCCGGAGCUCGUUCAAGCCUACAAUUCAAAGACUGCCAACUCAAUAUUUCCUCAUACGCCUCUUCAUUUAGCUAGUCGAAAUGGCCACAAGGCCGUUGUAGAAACCCUUUUAGCCGCCGGCCUGGAUGUGAACGUGCGAACGGCUGCUGGGACGGCCCUGCACGAGGCGGCCCUUUGCGGGAAGCUGGAGGUGGCCAGGACCCUCCUGGAGCACGGCGUGGAUCUGGCCAUCAAAGACGCCCGCAAGUGCACAGUCGUCGACGUCCUCAAACAGUUCCCUACGCACGUCGUUCAAGACAUCACCACCAUCAUCAGAAGGUAUCGACGUCAGACGGGGAGUGAUAUGAGUGAUAACGACGAUGCGUUACCACCCAUCCCGGUUCCUGAUCUAGGUAGUCCUUACGAAAAUGUGGGCGCCUCCCCCUCACAUUGGGACCUGCUAGGCUCAAGAGAAAGACGAAUAUUCAACACCUCCGCAAUAUCCAUAAACUCCGAGGGGUCGCGCCAGCGACAUGCGACGACGAGCACAACCGGUUUGUCCAAGUCGUUGAUGGAGUCGAGCUUCCUGUCGGACGAUCCCUCCUGCUGCCGGAGCCACGACUACGACACUAUGUCCAUCUCCUCCACGGCCUCCAGCAACUGCGGGGGAGGCGGGGGAGGCAGGGGUGAACGCCGUCUCCCGGACGGCAACUACCUCCCCAUGACGCCCUCCCCCGCCUCGCAGCAACUGCCCAGCCCUAGCGCCGGCUCCAACAGCAAAAUCUCGCCAACACCACCAAAAAAGCCCCCAAGACGCAAUCUAUCGGUGUCACCAACGCAUUUUACUCCACAAGCGAUGUCCGUGCCUGCCGAGCCGCCCGGCUCAUACGAGUACUUGUUCCUAGCUCGCAGCGGAGUGCGGAGCCAUAGCGAUCUCGAAGAUCUGCAGCCCACGAACGGGAAGCCCGGGAAAUGGAGCAAGGAGAAUCUGCGUCGGGGGAAAUCGCAGGAGAACUACGCGGACACGAAGCUGAGGCACAGCGUCCCGAUCCCGACGGGCGAGGAAAGGAACGGGCACGCUGCCCCCCUCAUGACCCGCGGCCAGAGCGAGGACUCCCAGCUCAACGCGGACCGGCACGAGCCGAUCGCCCUCACCUCCGUCUACGAGAACGUCGCCUACCGCACCACCAACCCCAGGCGGAAGCUCCGCCGGCACAACGCCGCCGAUCGGGACGCCACCCCCGACCCCUCCGUCAUCCUGUCCCGCGGCGAUCUACCCUUCAGGAAGGUGGAGACAGCCGAGCCUACCUACCCUUCCGUGACAAUCGAGCGAAUCCUGGUGCCCUCUUGUGACAAGAACAAGUCCAAUUCGGAGUCGAUCGACUUGUCAGUGCCGUCUUUCAUCUCGAACGCGUUCAUCAAGUUCAAGUCGAAAGAGCAAAUGGUCAACGGAUGCUCAAAGCCGCGGAACGGCGAAAAGACGUGGCCUUUAAGUCCAACUCACUACCAGCAGCCACCCACCCCCGAUCACCCUCCGCCUACCCCAUCACAGGCCGAGAAAAGCAUCCAUGAGAGGAUCCGACCUUUGAGCCAGGAAUACAGCGCCUUGAAGCGGAAAUCGCGGGACAUGGAGACGGAAACUGAAGAGGAGCUGCUGGUGUUGGUGUUUCCGGGGCCGGUGGCGACCAUGCCUCCGAUGAUGGUCUCGGCCAAUCACAACAACACCCACGUCUCCACCGCCAGCCUCUCCAGCAGCGUCUCCGACAAGAGCGUUUCCACCGACACCAACGCCGUCGAGGAGUUCAUCGGCGACGUUCCCUUCGCUGGCCUGUUCAAGGGCUCGGUGGGCGGGAGCAAGGCGGAGCGGCCGAAGACCCUGCGGAAGCUGCGCAACGUCUACGACCCCUCCCUGGGGAUGGGCGAGGCCCCGAAGAAGGAGGAGAAGCACACUACGGCGGCGGACUCCAACUCCAAUUCGAGCACGACGGGGACGAGCAACGCGGACAAGACGCUGUCCAUCCUGAGCCCGUUCGACGAGCAGGAGGAGUGGGCCAAGAUCUCCGAGAUCAUGGCCUCCUUCGGCACCGGUAUCGUCCGCGAGUCCGUCUUCGUCGACGAGCUCGAGAAGGAGUUCAAGGCCAGGCUAGGUUUAAGAAAAUCGGAAAGCGUGAUGGCUGAGAGUCCGGUGGCGACAUCAUCAGUUAGUCAAUGGCUGGAGUCGAUAGGUUUCCCGCAGUACGAAUCCCAGUUCAUGGAGUACGGUUACGACAACAUCGAUUUCAUCAACGGGGUGAUCACGGAGAACGACCUGAAAGAACUGGGCGUCAACGAGCAGGACGUGGAGCCGAUCCUGAAAUCCGCCUCGACGCUCCCGAACCGCGCCAAGGAGGUCUACGACCGGCUCCACAACAACAACACCAUCUACAAGAACAACAACAACAGCACGACGACGAACAACAACGACGACGACAAGCACAACGCCAACGAGGAGUCGGUCGGCGACUGGCUCAAGGAGAUCGGGCUGGAGUGCCACGCGGAGACGUUUCGGCGGCACCUCUACGCGGAGAUGUCGCGGGUGCGGAGGAUAUGGGAGGUGGAGCUGACGGCCGUCCUGGAGAUCCCCAAGCCCGGGCACCGGAGGCGGAUCCUAGCCUCGGUGAACCUCAACUCGGCGCAGAACUCGCAGCUCCUCAACACCAAGACCACGGCCGCCUCCCGCAAGUCUAGUCCGGUUAACAGUCUCAAGGAUCUCGACUCCGACCUCAAGCAACUGAAAUCCAACAUCCAGCAACUGAAGGAGGACAUCAAGAGCAAGUUACCCCAAGCGACGAACCCGAACCCAGGGGCGACGAACAACACUGGCGGAAGCAACACGGGGACCCUUCACCGUCACAAGAAGUCGAGGCCAGCCCCGCCGCCCCCUCCGCCUCCACACGCGGCCCCUGUCCAGAACGAUCUGGAGAUCAGGAAUCCCUCCGAGUUGCUCAUCGGAGUCCCGCCGACGCUCACCACUCAGUGGCGACAUAAACCGGAGGCGCUGGUCACCGGCACCAUUAACUACUUGGCGUCGUAUUUGGGAUCAACCGUGGUCAAGGAACUUCGAGGGACUGAAUCGACAAAAAAGUCCAUCCAGAAGCUGAAGAAGUCUGCAGGCAACGAUGUGACGGUACCCCAAAUAGUACUUGCCAUCUCGUAUCGAGGUGUCAAAUUUUUGGAUCCUAUGGACCAGGCACUGGUUUGCGAGCAUGAAAUUCGCAACAUUCACUGCGCAUGUCAAGAUGCAGAGGAGUUAACGCAUUUCGCGUACAUUACGAAGGAUCAUGCUAGUAACGCACAUUACUGCCACGUCUUUUGUGUCAGCUCGAUGGAUCAAGCAACUGAAGUCAUUCUAACUCUCGGCCAAGCAUUCGAAGUCGCUUAUCAGAUAGCUCUGAAAGAUCAAAUCAACGAUACAAGUAUGAAAACCAACGGCCACACAAGGUCCCGCUCGGUCAAUCAAAUCGUCAGCAAUAACCACAUCGAGAUCUCCAACUGUAAUUCACAAUCGGCCACUUUGAAUCUCAACCAUUCAAGAUCCCAUUCCGUCAAUGUCACUCUAGUGAAUGGGAAUUCUCACGCCCUGCACGAGAACAAAUUCUCGACGAUGGCCUCGCCGAAACAGUUGGUUGCCAACGAUGGGUAAGCACAAUCAAAAGCAGAUAUACAUUUCCAGUGUGAUGAGUUGACAAAUCCAUAUCUGAGUUUCACAAUUUUUCCUCGUGUUAUUCUCGAGGCUUCACUAUGUCUCAUUUGUUCCAACCUAUAGAGAUUGGUUCAUCUCAAAUCAACCGACCUGAUUUUAACCAUCUUACUUCAAACACGAACUUCGCUUUUGUGCAAUAAAAGUUUUGUAGACUCCAGCGUUUGUCUCCAUCGUGGGUUUUCUCAGUAAUGACACUAAAUCUAUUUUGGAAAGCAACGCGCUUAUUACUAUUUAAUUUAGCUUUAGAACUAAUGACGAAUAACGAAUCUCCAUAACUUAAUGACAGUCAAAAGUGCGCCUAUUUCAUUUUCUCUCUUCGUCCCUUCUCUCUUUCCUGUUUUCUCUUCCUUUUCAAAAUGUAAAUACUAUACUAUUUAGGCUUUAUCAAGUUUCUUUAUUUUGCUGAAAGUAUCAUGACGAAGAGGGAAUGUUCCUCUUUGUGUAAAAUAUGUUAUAAUUUUGACGUGUAAUUAAGAAAUGAUGAUCUACAAGUAUUAAAGGUUCGGAAGUGUGACAUUGCUUGUAUAGAAUGGAACCAUCUGGAUGCAAUGGCUUACUUGAGUUGUAUAUUGAAGGAAAUCGAACUGAAAAAUAUAAUCCUUCAGAAUCAAAAAUCGGUUUAAAACACCAGGAUCUUGUAGAUUUAUGUAAUACUUUUACUUUAAGUAAACCAACGUUUCUCUAGAUGAUAUGUAAGAUUAAAAGAUAUGCUGUCAAGUUUUUAAUUUCUAAUUGCUGUAACCAGCUCACAAACCGAGAAAAAUUCUGAUUCUAAAAUUUGGCACUAAAGUAUCUUUUAUUUUAAGCUAAGACUAUAUUAAUUUCAUUUCGUAUGGUGCUUUUAUUCAUAAUCACUUAACGAUCAUAUUCAGCUUUUUCCAUGCUUCAUACAUGUUUAAAAAUUAUGUUGAAAAGGCUCCAAAUCCGAAGUAUGGUUUGUGGUUUAUAGUUCGGUCCAGAACUAAUUGCUUCAAGUAAUAUCUUUGGUGAAAAUUUCAGUUCAGAUGAGUUCGGCAUUUAGCAUGGAUUUUCAUGGUAGCUAGACCCUCACUGCCACAAUGCAUUCCCUUUUGCUUGAGUAGAGAUAAAAUAGAUUCAAUGCAGUUUAUAAUGCUAAUUUUUUUAUUCAUAUUCACCUCUCAUUUGGACAUGUUUCU